UUAAUAAAAUCCUCAGGACAGUGUUGGAGCAGCCUACCUAAUGAUCCACCUUCCUGACUCUUCCUAACUUAAAGCCUGGAAUAUAAAAAGUGAUUUAAAUGCCAUAGCAUAUUUGAAAUCAACAUGUCCUUCCAUGGAAUACUCAUGGCCUGAGGAAAAUGUCACAGGGCUGCCUUCUCUUCUCACCAGGAGGAAGGGUUUCUUACCAUGGCCAUAACACAGUUUCGACUCUUUAAAGUCUGUACUUGCCUGGCAGCAGUGCUUUCUUUCAUUAAAAAGUUAAUAUGCAGGUCUGGAAGAGGGCGAAAAUUAAGUGGAGACCAAAUAACAUUGCCAACCACAGUGGAUUAUUCAUCUGUUCCUAAGCAGCCUGAAGUAGAAGACUGGUCUUCAUGGGAUGAAGAUGCACCUACAAGUGUGAAGAUUGAAGGUGGCAAUGGUAAUGUGGCUGCUCAGCAAAAUUCUUUGGAACAAGUGGAACCUGAUUAUUUCAAAGAUAUGGCACCAACUAUAAGAAAACCUCAAAAAAUAGUUGUUAAAAAACGAGAGCCUUUAAAUUUUGGGAUUCCAGAGGGAAACACAGGAUUCUCCAGCAGAUUAGCAGCUACACAAGAUAUUCCUUUUAUUCACCAAUCUCCUGAACUGGGAGACCUGGAUACUUGGCAAGAAAAUACAAAUGCCUGGGAAGAAGAGGAAGAUGCUGCUUGGCAGGCAGAAGAAGUUCUUAGACAACAGAAGAUAGCAGAAAGGGAAAAAAGAGCAGCAGAACAACAGCGAAAGAAAAUGGAGAAAGAGGCACAAAGGCUAAUGAAAAAGGAACAGAACAAAAUUGGUGUAAAACUGUCCUAACAGAAACCACACAGCAAUGGCAGUGCCAGUGAAAAGAGGAUUUCAGCUCCACAACAUACGUAUUGGUAUUGAUUCAACUACGUAUAGGACUUCAACACACUGCUUGGUUUCAAUGCAUUCUUCAGGUCAUCUUGGAAGCCAGGAUUUUCCCAAAAUAUCUUGAACUACUAGUACGUACUUCUUGAAGGAGAAAAGCCCCACAGAAAAUCAUGCCUUGAUGGAAUGUUUCCUGCAAUAGUUCUUUUCCAGCACCCUUCUUUGCAGCAAAAGUGAUUGACAAGGAUGUUGAUUGAAAAACACUUAAUGAACAGCUCAAGCCUAGAGAAAAGAAUGUAAAUAUUGAGUGGUGGGAAAUCUACCUGUAAUGUCUGUGCUUACCUGAAACAUGUAAUUAAACAGUUUUAAAGAACCCUUUGCUUCCUGCCUGAUAAAAAAGUCUGCUUUUGCUCGUUAUCAAAGUAUUUGUAAACACUUGAAAGUUUUCCAUGGGAGAUCAUAUUGAGCUGUGUAGAAGAAAAUAACUUAUUAUGGAUGACCUGCAACUCAAAAUAUGCUCCUGGUGGGUUAUGCAGCUGAACACUGAAAAUAGAUUUCUUGUCACUUUGUCACUUGCAGUUUCCUGUGCUCACAUUUACAUGUGAUACUGCAAUGACUACCAGCAGUGGCACAGUGGCAUCACUACACAGGAGUGUGGUGCACCUUUUCUGCAAAGGCUGACUUGAAUGUAAGGGAACAUUUUAAUUACUUACUUGUAUUGGUAAAUUUGUAUUUCUAGCAGAAAUUCUUAUAUUUCCUACAGAUAGGAGUCCUCACAGCUUACAGUUGUUGCAUAGCUAGUGUAAUUGAGAAAAAAAAAACCUCAUGUCUUCCU